AUGAGGUUGUUUCUUCUGUAUUUGCAUAUUUUGCUCUUCCAUUUUCCAUCUUUCUCUUCAUCUUCUUCUAAUUUUUUAUGUCAUCUUGAAGAUAGCUAUGCCUUGCUUCAGUUCAAGUCCUCUUUGAAUACAUAUACAGAUAUCAAUAUUUGUCAUGAACAACCUGAUCAGAAAACAGCAACAUGGAAAAAUGGGACAAAUUGUUGCUUAUGGCAUGGUGUAACCUGUGACAGUGUCUCUGGUCAUGUGAUUGGUCUCAACCUUGGCUGUGAAAGUCUCCAAGGUAAUAUUUAUCCUAACAGUACACUUUUUCGACUUGCUCAUCUCCAAUCACUCAACCUUUCAUACAAUGAUUUCUCUGGCACUCAUUUUCAUUCUAAAUUUGAUGGGUUUCAGAGUCUCAAGCAUCUUGACUUGUCUUAUUGUGACUUUAGAGGUGAAGUUCCUCCUCAAAUAUCAAACCUUUCCAAAUUAGUAUCACUUCAUCUUUCUAAUAAUUUUGAUUUAAUUUGGAAAGAAACCACUUUGAAGAGACUAGUGCUAAAUGCAACAAUUUUAAAAGAGUUAUUUUUGGACCAAACAGAUAUGUCUUCAAUCGAUCCAAACUUGUUGAAUAUGAUCUUCAAUCAAUCAUCCUCUUUGAUUAGUCUUAGUCUUCAAAGAACAGGAUUAAGUGGAAAUUGGAAAAAUAACAUUCUUUGUUUACCAAGUAUUCAACAACUAUAUAUGUCAGAAAAUAACUACCUUGAAGGCCAACUUCCAGAUUUCAGUUGUAGCACUUCUCUUAGAACCGUGGACCUUUCAUAUUGUCAAUUCAUAGGGCCAAUUCAUUUUUCUUUCUCUAACCUCACAUAUCUUACUUCCUUAAAACUCAUAGCGAACAAUCUUAAUGGUUCAAUCCCAUCUUCACUUUUAUCCCUUCCACGUCUAACUUUUUUGUCUCUCAGAGAUAAUUUGUUCAUAAGUGGCCAAAUCCCAAAUGUAUUUCCCAAAUCAAAUAGAUUUCAACAAUUAGAUUUGAGGGGUAAUAAAAUUGGAGGCAAGUUGCCAUUAUCACUUUCAAACCUUCAAUAUCUCAUUUAUUUAGACCUUUCAUCCAAUUCCCUUAGUGGUCAAAUCCCAAAUAUGUUCGACAGACUAACCAAGUUACAAGAACUCCGUUUAGAUUAUAAUAGAUUAGAAGGACAAAUCCCACCUUCAUUGUUUAGCUUGUCUCAACUUGAAUACUUUGAUUGUUCAUAUAAUAAAAUAAAGGGUCCUCUACCCAACAAAAUAACAGGUUUCCAAAAAUUAGGUUCAUUAGUAUUAAAUAACAACUUACUAAGUGGAAAAUUUCCUUCAUGGUGUUUAUCUUUACCAUCUUUGAGUGUGUUGGAUGUGUCAACUAAUCAAUUUACAGGAAAUAUAAGUGCAAUCUCAUCAUAUUCUUUGCAGAAUCUAAACCUAUGCAGCAACAAGUUACAAGGUGACAUUCCUGAAUCUAUUUUCAUCCUUACAAACCUAACUACACUAUGUCUAUCAUCAAACAACUUGAGUGGUGUUAUCGAUUUUCAACACUUUUCCAAACUUCCAAAUUUGGCUUCUCUGUCCCUUUCAGGUAAUAGUCAAUUAUCACUAAACUUUGAAUCCAAUGUCAAUUACAAUUUUUCUAUCCUAUCAACAUUGAAAUUGUCUUCUGUCGGUUUGAUCGGAUAUUCAAAAGUAUCAUCAGGACAAUUCCCUGCUUUGAGUUCUCUUGAUUUGUCAGGAAAUAAACUUUUUGGAAGAGUGCCCAAUUGGUUGCUUGAAAUCGAUUCAUUAGAUUAUCUUAGCCUCUCUCAUAAUUUGUUCACAUCAAUGGACCAAUUCUCAAGGAAUCAUUGGCACAACCUAAUCGACCUUGAUCUUAGUUUUAACUUACUAGCCGGUGACAUCUCUUUGUCAAUUUGCAAUAAAAGUUCACUUGUAUUGCUCAACCUGGCACACAACAAAUUGACAGGUAACUUUUCAAAGAAUUGUGACCUUCGUACUCAGAAUCUCAAUGGAAACCUAUUAGAAGGCAUUUUACCUAAAUCUUUGUCAAACUGCAAAUACUUGGAGGCUUUAAAUCUUGGUGGCAACAAACUAGAAGACCAUUUUCCAUAUUGGCUUCAAACUAUGCAAAAUUUGGAAGUAUUGGUUUUGCGAGAGAAUAGGUUGUAUGGUCCAGUUGCUAAUAUAAAUAUCAAGAAUCCAUUUCCUAGUUUAAUUAUUUUUGAUAUUUCAUGCAAUAACUUCAGUGGCCCACUACCAAAAGCUUACAUACAAAGUUUUGAUGCCAUGAAAAAUGUUAUUCAAGUUGUAGAGGUUAGUAGCUCGCAAUACAUGCAAAGGAUGGAAGUAGGUGACAUGACAUACUAUGAUUCUGUGACUAUUACAGUGAAAGGAAACAACAUUGUGAUGGUGAAAAUUCCAAUAGCCUUUGCGAAUAUUGAUUUAUCUCAAAACAAGUUUCAAGGAGAGAUUCCAAAUGUUAUUGGAGAGCUUCACGCACUCAAAGGGCUUAACCUUUCCCAUAACAGGCUCACAGGUCCUAUUCCCCAAUCCAUAGGAAACUUGUUAAACAUGGAAUCAUUGGAUCUUUCCUCAAAUAUACUCACUGGUGUGGUUCCUGCAGAGUUAACCAAUCUUAACAAUCUUGAAGUCUUGAAUCUUUCCCAUAACCAACUAAUGGGAGAAAUUCCUCGAGGUAAGCAGUUCAAUACAUUUUCAAAUGAUUCCUAUGAGGGAAACAUAGGAUUAUGUGGAUUUCCCUUGACCAAGAAAUGUGGACCGGAACAACAUUCUCCACCUUCAGCCAACAACUUUUGGAGUGAAGAGAAAUUUGGAUUUGGAUGGAUACCAGUGGCAAUUGGAUAUGGAUGUGGAUUUGUGAUUGGAAUAGGAAUUGGAUAUUUUGUGUUUUUAAUUGGAAAGCCUAGAUGGCUUGUGAUGAUAUUUGGUGGUCAGCCUACGAGAAGAGUGAACAGGAGGAGGACUAGAGUGAGAAGGACUAAUGGUUCAACGAUCAAUCAAAUGGUGCCAAUGUCGUAGUUUUAUUGUUGCCAUUAUUUUCGCUACUGUGUUAGUUUUUUAUACCUACUGUUCAAAAUUAGCUUGAUUUGAGUGUGACGAUGUUGUCACUCUUAUUUGAUCUAGCUAGUUUUAAUUCAGGUUGUAAGUUUGUACAGUGACUGUAUUGUGCUACAACACGAGUUGUAUGAAGCCAAUGAUACAUAAUAGUACUAUCCAUGGUGUACUAGUUUUGCAUUGACAUCAAAAUUUUGU